AUGUUCCUGCAGGCUCUGGGUACUGGAGCUCACCACCACCGGCCUGUGCCAGUGAAGGAGGUCAGACUGGUGGUUGCCGCUCCCUACCUCGUGCUCAUGUUUCUUCUCCCAGCCUCCAAUGCACACCUGCGGACUCCACCCUCCAGUAAGGUGAUCAAGACGCGCUAUCGCAUUGUCAAGAAGACCCCAACUUCUCCCCUCAGUGCUCCAUCCUUCCCCUCAUCUCUACCCUCCUGGCGGGCCCGGCGAACCUCAUUAUCCAGGUCCAUGGUGCUGAACCGCCUGCGUCCAGCCAUCACUGGAGGUGGGAAAGCCCCAUCUGGUUCCCCUCGGUGGCGCAACAAAGGCUACCGCUGUAUAGGAGGGGUUCUCUACAAGGUGUCUGCCAACAAGCUCUCCAAGACCUCCAGCCGGCCCAAUGAUGGCAGCAGGGCCCUGCUUCGCACAGGACGACUGGACCCUGCCACCAGCUGCAGUCGUUCCUUGGCCAGCCGGGCCGUCCAGCGAAGCCUGGCCAUCAUCCGGCAGGCGAAGCAGAAGAAAGAGAAGAAAAGAGAGUACUGUAUGUACUACAACCGCUUUGGCAAAUGUAACCGUGGCGAGCGCUGCCCUUACAUCCAUGACCCUGAGAAGGUGGCCGUGUGCACCAGAUUUGUCCGAGGUACAUGCAAGAAGACAGAUGGGUCCUGCCCUUUCUCUCACCAUGUGUCCAAGGAGAAGAUGCCUGUGUGCUCCUACUUUCUGAAGGGGAUCUGCAGCAACACCAACUGUCCCUACAGCCACGUGUAUGUGUCCCGCAAGGCUGAAGUCUGCAGUGACUUCCUCAAAGGCUAUUGCCCGCUGGGUGCAAAGUGCAAGAAGAAGCACACGCUGCUGUGUCCUGACUUUGCCCGCAAGGGUAUUUGUCCCCGUGGUGACCAGUGCCAGCUGCUCCAUCGUAACCAGAAGCGACAUGGCCGGCGGACAGCUGCACCUCCUACCCCAGGGCCCAGUGAUGGGGCCCCCAGAAGCAGGGCCUCAGCUGGCCAUGUACUCAGGAAGCACUCGACUGCUCAGCGCCCUGCCCGACAGAUGUCCAGUGGUCUGGCCUCCAGAACUGAGGCCCCAGUCUCACCCCCCCACUCCCCAAGGGUAUUAGCCUCCACCUCUACCCUGUCUUCAAAGGCCACCGCUGCCUCCUCCCCUUCCUCCUCCCCCUCUCCUAGCUCCCCCACCCCAUCCUUGGACCAGGAAGAAGCCGCCUCUGUGACAGGUGGGACAGGCUCAGGAACAGGCUCCAGCAGCCUCUGCAAGCUGCCAUCCUUCAUCUCCCUGCAUUCCUCCCCGAGCCCAGGAAGCCAGAGUGGGCCCCAGUCCCCCAGGAGCCCCCGCACCAAGGACUCAGGGAAGCCGCUACACAUCAAACCACGCCUGUGAGGCUCCCUGGGGACCAGCCCGCACCUACCUCAGACCCUCACCCCUGGAGAGGAUGGAGGCUCUGCCCACCACUGCUCCUGAGGAGAAGCAGCCUGCCACUGAGCCCAGCUGGGGCUAUAAGCAGGGCACAUAGCUCCCCCAUUUGGCUUACAGCCUUUGGAGGCCUUUGUGUGUCCAGGCCUUGUUCUCCUUCCCAAGCCAAGGCCCUGUCCAUUCCCUGUUCUUCCCCUCCCCCCACCCCGCCCAAGGCACUCAGCCUCACACUAGGACUUACCCCUGGCUCCCCACCCAUCAAGAUGCCAUGUGAGGUUCACCCCAGUCCAUCUCCUGUGGUGGGUGUGGCAGUAGCUGUAGGAUUUGUGCCCAGCCCUUCCCAUCCAGGACUCCUGCCCAGGAAAGAGGCUACUGGCCAGGCUUCUGUGGUGGGCAUUUUAUGUUCAGCAAUAAAGGUUUUAUCCUGUG